AUGGCCGACGAAGGCAUGGAUGAACGGUCCCCGUUGCUAUCAGCACCGAACUCCGGGAAUGUCACACCGUUGGAACCGCCGUCAUACCUGCAGGACACAAGUCCAAGAGCUGAACUCCCUCCCCCCUACACAGCCAUCGCCAGUCCCGACCCAGGGGGGGUACCCGUCAUCAACUGUCGGGUGUGCCAGUCCCUCAUUAACCUGGAUGGCAAGCUGCAGCAGCACGUGGUGAAGUGCACGGUGUGCAACGAGGCCACGCCCAUCAAAAACCCACCGACUGGGAAGAAGUAUGUACGGUGUCCCUGUAACUGUCUCCUCAUCUGCAAAGACUCAUCUAGGAGGAUAGGAUGCCCCAGACCAAACUGCAGACGCAUCAUCAACCUGAGCCCGGUGAUGGUGAUUCCAGAGGAGCAGCCGGCCCAGCCAGCCCUGCCAGUCCAGCCUGAGGGCAUGAGGGUGGUCUGUGGCCACUGUGGAAACACCUUCCUCGGUAACGAGGACUCUGCCACGCCCCCUUCUGAUCUGCCUCUCCAUGACAACAACACCUCUACAGACCAGUGGAUGGAGGUCCGAUUUAACACGCUAGCAAAAUGCCCUCACUGCAAAAAAAUAUCGUCUGUGGGUAGUGCUCUUCCAAGGAGGCGUUGUUGUGCCUACAUCACUGUGGGAAUGAUCUGCAUCUUUGUCGGAGUGGGAUUAACAGUGGGGACUCAGGACUUUGCCAGUCGUUACCAUGCCAUCUAUGUGUCCUGGGCGUUCUCCUACCUCCUGGGUCUGAUCUGUCUGAUACGAGCUUGUUACUGGGGCGCCAUCAAAGUCAGCUAUCCAGAGAACAGCUUUUCCUAGACACAGACAGGCCGUUAGAUAGUUUGUUGUUCUGUGUUUCUCCCUUUCAGUUGUUUAUGUUGUUAUUAUUCAAAUGAAGACAGUUCAGAGGUCAGUCUGGUCCAGUCAGGUCACUCCUGGUCCAGUCCGGUCACUCCUGGUCCAAGAGAAAACAGAAAUCCAGCCCUGGUUUUGCAAUUAACUCUGAAAAUAUUUUUAUUUAUUUUUAUUUUAUGCAGAUCAGGAAUUGAGAUCUUUAUAAUUGUUUAAUUGGUUCGAUAAAUUAAGUAUUGUGAUUGAUGUAAUUAAUAUUGAAACUCAACAUAAUAAAUAAGAUAAAUAUGAUGAUUUUACUAGGAAUCACCUGGAUCAGGUUAAAGGUAUUAAAUGACUGACUGACGUGGUGUUCCCAACCAGACGUGGUGACGUGGUGUUCCCCACCAGACGUGGUGUUCCCAACCACACGUGGUGACGUGGUGUUCCCCACAAGACGUGGUGACGUGGUGUUCCCCACCAGACGUGGUGUUCCCCACCAGACGUGGUGACGUGGUGUUCCCCACCAGACGUGGUGUUCCCCACCAGACGUGGUGUUCCCAACCAGACGUGGUGACGUGGUGUUCCCGACCAGACGUGGUGUUCCCCACCAGACGUGGUGUUCCCCACCAGACGUGGUGUUCCCCACCAGACGUGGUGUUCCCCACCAGACGUGGUGACGUGGUGUUCCCCACCAGACGUGGUGUUCCCCACCAGACGUGGUGUUCCCCACCAGACGUGGUGUUCCCCACCAGACGUGGUGUUCCCAACCAGACGUGGUGACGUGGUGUUCCCAACCAGAUGUGGUGACGUGGUGUUCCCCACCAGACGUGGUGUUCCCGACCAUACGUGGUGACGUGGUGUUCCCGACCAUACGUGGUGACGUGGUGUUCCCGACCAGACGUGGUGACGUGGUGUUCCCGACCAGACGUGGUGACGUGGUGUUCCCGACCAGACGUGGUGACGUGGUGUUCCCAACCAGACGUGGUGACGUGGUGUUCCCCACCAGACGUGGUGACGUGGUGUUCCCGACCAGACGUGGUGUUCCCGACCAGACGUGGUGUUCCCGACCAGACGUGGUGUUCCCCACCAGACGUGGUGUUCCCCACCAGACGUGGUGUUCCCCACCAGACGUGGUGUUCCCCACCAGACGUGGUGACGUGGUGUUCCCCACCAGACGUGGUGUUCCCCACCAGACGUGGUGUUCCCAACCAGACGUGGUGACGUGGUGUUCCCAACCAGACGUGGUGACGUGGUGUUCCCCACCAGACGUGGUGUUCCCGACCAUACGUGGUGACGUGGUGUUCCCGACCAGACGUGGUGACGUGGUGUUCCCGACCAGACGUGGUGACGUGGUGUUCCCGACCAGACGUGGUGACGUGGUGUUCCCGACCAGACGUGGUGACGUGGUGUUCCCGACCAGACGUGGUGACGUGGUGUUCCCGACCAGACGUGGUGUUCCCAACCAGACGUGGUGUUCCCGACCAGACGUGGUGACGUGGUGUUCCCAACCAGACGUGGUGUUCCCAACCAGACGUGGUGUUCCCCACCAGACGUGGUGUUCCCAACCAGACGUGGUGUUCCCGACCAGACGUGGUGACGUGGUGUUCCCCACCAGACGUGGUGUUCCCAACCAGACCAAAUUAAAUUAACAACAGUUUUGCCCAAUGCACUACAAUUAUAUUCAAUGAUUCUGUUCAGUUGCUGCUAGUUACCACAGGUCCAAAAGCUGUCUCUCCUCUCUCCAUACUGUAUGUAACCCUAGUAACGCCCUGCCUGUAUAUACAUAGUACUGUUCCUGAUUUUUAAUACUCUGAAAAUCCCCUUUUAACAUCUUCCUCCUUAAACCCGUGUGUGCCAACGUUGCUGCCCGAGGACGUUUCACUAUGCCUCCACCGUACUGUUAUCAUGUCCUAGUGUUUCAUAAUGCCUCCACCGUACUGUUAUCAUGUCCUAGUGUUUCACUAUGCCUCCACCAUACUGUUAUCAUGUCCUAGUGUUUCACUAUGCCUCCACCGUACUGUUAUCAUGUCCUAGUGUUUCACUAUGCCUCCACCGUACUGUUAUCAUGUCCUAGUGUUUCACUAUGCCUCCACCGUACUGUUAUCAUGUCCUAGUGUUUCACUAUGCCUCCACCAUACUGUUAUCAUGUCCUAGUGUUUCAUAAUGCCUCCACCGUACUGUUAUCAUGUCCUAGUGUUUCACUAUGCCUCCACCGUACUGUUAUCAUGUCCUAGUGUUUCACUAUGCCUCCACCGUACUGUUAUCAUGUCCUAGUGUUUCACUAUGCCUCCACCGUACUGUUAUCAUGUCCUAGUGUUUCACUAUGCCUCCACCGUACUGUUAUCAUGUCCUAGUGUUUCACUAUGCCUCCACCGUACUGUUAUCAUGUCCUAGUGUUUCACUAUGCCUCCACCGUACUGUUAUCAUGUCCUAGUGUUUCACUAUGCCUCCACCAUACUGUUAUCAUGUCCUAGUGUUUCAUAAUGCCUCCACCAUACUGUCCUAGUGUUUCACUAUGCCUCCACCGUACUGUUAUCAUGUCCUAGUGUUUCACUAUGCCUCCACCGUACUGUCCUAGUGUUUCACUAUACCUCCACCGUUCUGUUAUCAUGUCCUAGUGUUUCACUAUACCUCCACCGUUCUGUUAUCAUGUCCUAGUGUUUCACUAUGCCUCCACCGUACUGUUAUCAUGUCCUAGUGUUUCACUAUGCCUCCACCGUACUGUCCUAGUGUUUCACUAUGCCUCCACCGUACUGUUAUCAUGUCCUAGUGUUUCACUAUGCCUCCACCAUACUGUUAUCAUGUCCUAGUGUUUCACUAUGCCUCCACCGUACUGUUAUCAUGUCCUAGUGUUUCACUAUGCCUCCACCGUACUGUUAUCAUGUCCUAGUGUUUCACUAUGCCUCCACCGUACUGUUAUCAUGUCCUAGUGUUUCACUAUGCCUCCACCGUACUGUUAUCAUGUCCUAGUGUUUCACUAUGCCUCCACCGUACUGUUAUCAUGUCCUAGUGUUUCACUAUGCCUCCACCAUACUGUUAUCAUGUCCUAGUGUUUCACUAUGCCUCCACCGUACUGUUAUCAUGUCCUAGUGUUUCACUAUGCCUCCACCGUACUGUUAUCAUGUCCUAGUGUUUCACUAUGCCUCCACCAUACUGUUAUCAUGUCCUAGUGUUUCACUAUGCCUCCACCAUACUGUUAUCAUGUCCUAGUGUUUCACUAUGCCUCCACCAUACUGUUAUCAUGUCCUAGUGUUUCACUAUGCCUCCACCAUACUGUUAUCAUGUCCUAGUGUUUCACUAUGCCUCCACCGUACUGUUAUCAUGUCCUAGUGUUUCACUAUGCCUCCACCAUACUGUUAUCAUGUCCUAGUGUUUCACUAUGCCUCCACCGUUCUGUUAUCAUGUCCUAGUGUUUCACUAUGCCUCCACCGUUCUGUUAUCAUGUCCUAGUGUUUCACUAUGCCUCCACCGUACUGUUAUCAUGUCCUAGUGUUUCAUAAUGCCUCCACCGUUCUGUUAUCAUGUCCUAGUGUUUCACUAUGCCUCCACCAUACUGUUAUCAUGUCCUAGUGUUUCACUAUGCCUCCACCAUACUGUUAUCAUGUCCUAGUGUUUCACUAUGCCUCCACCAUACUGUUAUCAUGUCCUAGUGUUUCACUAUGCCUCCACCGUACUGUUAUCAUGUCCUAGUGUUUCACUAUGCCUCCACCAUACUGUUAUCAUGUCCUAGUGUUUCACUAUGCCUCCACCGUUCUGUUAUCAUGUCCUAGUGUUUCACUAUGCCUCCACCGUUCUGUUAUCAUGUCCUAGUGUUUCACUAUGCCUCCACCGUACUGUUAUCAUGUCCUAGUGUUUCAUAAUGCCUCCACCGUUCUGUUAUCAUGUCCUAGUGUUUCACUAUGCCUCCACCGUACUGUUAUCAUGUCCUAGUGUUUCACUAUACCUCCACCGUACUGUUAUCAUGUCCUAGUGUUUCAUAAUGCCUCCACCAUACUGUUAUCAUGUCCUAGUGUUUCAUAAUGCCUCCACCGUACUGUUAUCAUGUCCUAGUGUUUCACUAUGCCUCCACCGUACUGUUAUCAUGUCCUAGUGUUUCAUAAUGCCUCCACCAUACUGUUAUCAUGUCCUAGUGUUUCAUAAUGCCUCCACCGUACUGUUAUCAUGUCCUAGUGUUUCACUAUGCCUCCACCAUACUGUUAUCAUGUCCUAGUGUUUCACUAUGCCUCCACCGUACUGUUAUCAUGUCCUAGUGUUUCACUAUGCCUCCACCGUACUGUUAUCAUGUCCUAGUGUUUCACUAUGCCUCCACCGUACUGUUAUCAUGUCCUAGUGUUUCACUAUGCCUCCACCGUACUGUUAUCAUGUCCUAGUGUUUCACUAUGCCUCCACCAUACUGUUAUCAUGUCCUAGUGUUUCACUAUGCCUCCACCGUACUGUUAUCAUGUCCUAGUGUUUCAUAAUGCCUCCACCAUACUGUUAUCAUGUCCUAGUGUUUCACUAUGCCUCCACCAUACUGUUAUCAUGUCCUAGUGUUUCACUAUGCCUCCACCGUACUGUUAUCAUGUCCUAGUGUUUCAUAAUGCCUCCACCAUACUGUUAUCAUGUCCUAGUGUUUCACUAUGCCUCCACCGUACUGUUAUCAUGUCCUAGUGUUUCACUAUGCCUCCACCGUACUGUUAUCAUGUCCUAGUGUUUCAUAAUGCCUCCACCAUACUGUUAUCAUGUCCUAGUGUUUCACUAUGCCUCCACCGUACUGUUAUCAUGUCCUAGUGUUUCACUAUGCCUCCACCGUACUGUUAUCAUGUCCUAGUGUUUCACUAUGCCUCCACCGUACUGUUAUCAUGUCCUAGUGUUUCACUAUGCCUCCACCAUACUGUUAUCAUGUCCUAGUGUUUCACUAUGCCUCCACCGUACUGUUAUCAUGUCCUAGUGUUUCAUAAUGCCUCCACCGUACUGUUAUCAUGUCCUAGUGUUUCACAGCAUACCUAGCUACUUAUUCAACACAUUUCAAUAGCCUUCUCAUCAUUGGUGGGAGAAUGAGAUGUAUUUUUAAACACGCUAUACAUGUUAAACACGCUAUACAUGUUUUUGUUUUACACCAGUGUUAUUUUACGUUUCUGAUUCAGAGAGGAAAGUUACUGUUGAAAUGUUCUGGGCCCAAAAGCAUCCUAAGGCUUAGUUCAUGGUUAUAACCAUAGGAUGCUUUUGGUAAACCGUUUCCCCUUAUCAUAUCCUUAACUCUCCAGCUCUCCCACCUUUGUUACUAGAAUGUAGCUGACUUCCUGCUUAUUGCCUGAGUGUUUCCUGAAGCCAGUGAAGUCUAGCUAGCGUUGCGGUGGAUCCUGUCUAGACAAAAUAGGCACAAUCUCUCUUAACUGAUCUUGUUCUGAAUGUGACGAUGGAACAUAAACUCUCUUCUUGUACAUAGUUAAUUCAACGCAUUGAAACUGUAGCUUGGAAUAAUAAAAAAUAAAAAAUAUAUAUAAUUUAUCAAUAAAAAUUAACAAAUGUGA